UGGAGCGGGGAGGCUGAGGCGUUCGGUCGCUCGUGCCCGUGGAGCCGAACGGCGACGGCCGCGGCGUGGCGGGCGGUAGCGGCUGGAGCCCGUCCGCACCGGGCGUCCCGCGCCCCGGGAACCCCCGACCGUCGCUCCCGGGAGAGACUGUCUUUAAAUGUUUGAAGAAGGAGCUGAGCCCAGGAAAGUGGAAGUUGUCCUGAGAGACUUCUCAGUGUAAUUCAGAAUGAUUGAGGAGAGUGGGAAGAGGAGGAGGACAAUGGCAGAGAAGAGACAGCUGUUCAUGGAAAUGAGAGCACAGAAUUUUGAUGUCAUCAGACUUUCAACGUAUCGAACAGCCUGUAAACUGCGGUUUGUACAAAAAAGAUGUAAUCUUCAUCUUGUUGAUAUCUGGAAUAUGAUUGAAGCCUUCCGAGAUAAUGGCCUUAACACUUUGGAUCAUAACACAGAGAUCAACGUGUCUCGACUAGAAACAAUCAUUUCAUCCAUCUACUACCAGCUAAACAAACGCCUUCCUUCUACUCACCAAAUCAGUGUAGAGCAAUCCAUCAGCCUCCUCCUCAACUUCAUGAUAGCAGCAUAUGACAGUGAGGGCCAUGGGAAGCUGACGGUGUUUUCAGUGAAAGCCAUGUUAGCAACAAUGUGCGGUGGGAAAAUCCUGGAUAAACUAAGAUAUAUAUUCUCUCAAAUAUCAGAUUCAAAUGGACUAAUGAUAUUUACAAAGUUUGACCAGUUUCUGAAGGAAGUUCUAAAACUCCCAACAGCUGUCUUUGAGGGGCCUUCUUUUGGAUACACGGAACAUUCUGUACGGACCUGUUUCCCACAACAGAAAAAGAUCAUGCUAAACAUGUUUUUAGACACAUUGAUGGCUGAUCCACCUCCUCAGUGCCUUGUGUGGCUGCCUCUCAUGCACAGACUUGCCCAUGUUGAAAAUGUCUUCCAUCCCGUGGAAUGUUCGUAUUGCCGCUGUGAGAGCAUGAUGGGCUUCCGGUACCGGUGCCAGCAGUGCCACAACUACCAGCUCUGUCAAAACUGUUUUUGGCGUGGCCACGCAAAUGGUCCUCAUAGCAACCAGCAUCAGAUGAAGGAGCAUUCCUCUUGGAAGUCACCUGCAAAGAAGCUGAGCCAUGCAAUUAGUAAAUCACUUGGUUGUGUACCAAGCAGAGAACCGCCUCGUCCUGUCUUUCCCGAGCAGCCAGAAAAGCCACUUGAUCUUGCACAUAUAGUUCCUCCUCGGCUUCUGACCAACAUGAAUGACACCAUGGUGACCCACAUGUCCUCUGGAGCACCCACACCAACAAAAAGGUCCCAGUGCAGCCCGGCCGGUGCCAGCCCGGUAGCUGAUGAGCACAUGCUGAUAGCCACCUUUGUGACGCGGCUACAGAGUGGUGCACGCGUCCUGGACAGCCCCGGCCGGCUGGAUGAGGAGCACAGGCUGAUUGCCAGAUACGCCGCCCGGCUGGCUGCCGAAGCUGGAAAUGCACCUCGCCCACCAACAGACCUGGGUUUCAGCUUUGAUGCCAACAAACAACAAAGACAGUUGAUAGCAGAGCUGGAAAACAAAAACAGAGAGAUACUCCAAGAAAUUCAGCGUCUCAGGCUGGAACAUGAACAAGCCUCUCAACCCACCCCUGAAAAAGCCCAGCAGAACCCAACGUUAUUGGCGGAGCUCAGGCUUCUACGGCAGAGAAAGGAUGAAUUGGAACAGAGGAUGUCUGCACUUCAAGAAAGCAGAAGGGAACUGAUGGUGCAGCUUGAAGGGCUGAUGAAACUGCUCAAAGAAGAAGAGCAAAAGCAGGCAGCGCAGGCAGCGGGCUCAGCACAGUCCUCGCCCACACAUGGAGCCACCCGCCCCAUGCCCAUGCCCGUCAGAUCCACCUCUGCUGGCUCCACCCCAACCCACGGCCCGCAGGACACGCUCGCCAGUGUCGGGGGAGAUGUGCAGGAGGCUUUCACACAAGGUACGAGAAGGAACCUCCGCAACGACCUGCUGGUAGCAGCCGAUUCCAUCACCAACACCAUGUCCUCGCUGGUGAAGGAACUUCACUCAGCAGAGGAAGAAGAUGAGGAAGAAACAGAAAAAAUGCAGAAUGGAAAGGACCAAGGUUAGACCGACGGCUGCAGGCUGUGCAGUAACUCAGGCACGGAGGGUGACGCUUACAACCAAGAGUCUCCUCGGCCUUUGGAAGAGGCACGUUCCAGCCGAUACAUUCACCAUCGUGCAACUGUGACCGAUCUCCACCACCUGCUGAUGAGAGCGGCUUCCUCAGAUCCUCCUGAGGGCUUUCCCCAGGGGCCCUCGCCUCUUAGGUCAUUGCAUGUACUAUUUUCCUUCCUGUGUUUACUAACAAUAAUCAGACGAUGCCUCAUGAAACUCAGCAAUUUAUGGGAGAUUUAAGAAAAGAAAAGGAAAAAAAAGGAAAGCCAAUCCUGCCUGCUCCUGCCAAGUGUGCUGAUCCUUUUUGGUUUCCUCCCAAAUGGUGUCGUCAUCAUGUCACACACUGGUUUUUCCCCUUUGAC